AUGGGCUCCUCACUGAAUUUCGCCAAGACAAUCCUAAUCCCCGCCUCCAUCGCCCUAACAGUCUAUCUCCUCUUCUCAUUCCUCAUCAUCCCCUCCUUCCGACGCUACCACCAACGCUACUCCCAAUACCUCCCCCUCCACACACUCUCCGCGCACACCGUCUCCCUCCGCGACCGCAUAGCAGACUCCAUCAUGCGCUUCUUCCUACCAUCAUCCUGGCGAAGAAACGCACACAUCGAUGACGCCGAUAAUGAUAAUAUCAGUAUCGAUGAGGAGGAGGGGGAGUUGAUGGUCGGUAUGAAUAUGGAUCCAAGAAGGAGGGAGGCGUUGGAGCGGAGGCGGAGUUCGGCCCCGGAGACGGAGUCGAGGCUCAGUCGGGAGUUGGAGGAAGGGUUUAUGGACGAGAGUGAUGAGGAGGAGAGGGAAGUCAGGGGGGUUCUGGGGACGAGGCGUUGA